UCACAGCGUCACAGCCCCGAGUGGAAAGGGAAAAAAAGAGGAGGCGAAGGAGGAGGAGGCAGGAGCCGGCGCUCAGGGAGGGGAGAGCGGCGGCAGGGCGAGCAGCCUGCGCGGGCGGCCUCUCCGCGGCGGGGGAGGCUCCGGGGGCGCCGGAGGGCAGCGCGCUCCGCUCCGGCCCCGACCCCUCUGCGCGCCGCCUGCCUGGUCACCCCUGCACAGCGGCUGUGGGUCUGGGGUUCCGCUCGGAACAGCGGCGGAGCCUCCCCGAACAGGGUCCUUGCCUUCCCUGGGGCGCAGAGCCAUGAGCGUGGCCGCCACCUGAGGCACAGGGGGCGUCGCGGGGCGCGGACCGCACCCCCGAAGUCCGAGCUCUCUUCUCUGCCGGCAGGGCGCCCGCGUCCGACCCCUGCGGAGGUGUCCUCGCUAGAGCGGCCGGUGGGGCGAUGGAACCCGCAGGCCCGGCCCGGGAGGCGGCUGCCAAGCUGUCGGAGGCGGUGGGCUCGGCGCUCCGGGAGCCCCGCAGGCAGCGCCGCCUCUUGCUGGUCAUCGUGUGCGUGGCGCUCUUCCUGGACAACAUGCUGUACAUGGUCAUCGUGCCCAUCGUGCCCGACUACAUCGCCCACAUGCGCGGGGGCAGCGAGAACCCCACCCCGACCCCGGAGAUGUGGGUGCCCACCCUGCCGCCGCCCACUCCAGCCAAUGCCAGUGCCGGCUCCAUGGCCAACAGCUCAGGGUCCCCGACGGCUGCGCAGCCCGCCGGGUCUGCCCUGCGGCCCCGCUACCCCACGGAGAGCGAGGACGUGAAGAUCGGGGUGCUGUUCGCCUCCAAGGCCAUCCUGCAGCUUCUGGUGAACCCGCUAAGCGGGCCCUUCAUCGACCGCAUGAGCUACGACGUGCCGCUGCUCAUCGGCCUGGGCGUCAUGUUCGCCUCCACCGUCCUGUUCGCCUUCGCCGAGGACUACGCCACGCUUUUCACGGCGCGCAGCCUGCAGGGCCUGGGCUCCGCCUUCGCCGACACGUCCGGCAUCGCCAUGAUCGCGGACAAGUACCCCGAGGAGCCGGAGCGCAGCCGCGCGCUGGGCGUGGCGCUGGCCUUCAUCAGCUUCGGCAGCCUCGUGGCGCCGCCCUUCGGGGGCAUCCUCUACGAGUUCGCGGGCAAGCGCGUGCCCUUCCUGGUGCUCGCCGCCGUGUCGCUGUUCGACGCGAUCCUGCUGCUGGUGGUGGCCAAGCCCUUCUCGGCCGCGGCGCGGGCGCGGGCCAACCUGCCGGUGGGGACGCCCAUCCAUCGCCUCAUGCUGGACCCGUAUAUCGCCGUGGUGGCCGGCGCGCUCACCACUUGCAACAUCCCCCUCGCUUUCCUGGAACCCACCAUCGCCACGUGGAUGAAGCACACGAUGGCGGCGUCGGAGUGGGAGAUGGGCAUGGUCUGGCUGCCGGCCUUCGUGCCUCACGUGCUGGGCGUCUACCUCACGGUGCGCCUGGCGGCGCGCUACCCGCACCUGCAGUGGCUCUACGGCGCGCUGGGGCUGGCGGUGAUCGGUGCCAGCUCGUGCGUGGUGCCGGUCUGCCGCUCCUUCGCGCCGCUGGUGGUCUCGCUCUGCGGCCUCUGCUUUGGCAUCGCGCUGGUCGACACGGCCCUGCUGCCCACGCUCGCCUUUCUCGUGGACGUGCGCCACGUUUCCGUCUACGGAAGCGUCUAUGCCAUCGCCGACAUCUCCUAUUCCGUGGCCUACGCGCUCGGGCCCAUCGUGGCGGGCCACAUCGUGCAUUCGCUCGGCUUCGGGCCGCUCAGCCUUGGCAUGGGCCUGGCCAACCUGCUCUACGCGCCCGUCCUGCUCCUGCUGCGCAAGGUGGGCCUCCUGACGCGCUCCCGCUCCGAGCGCGAGGUGCUGCUCGACGAGCCGCCGCAGGGCCUGUACGAUGCGGUGCGCCUGCGCGAGUGCCCAGUGUCCGACCCGCACAGCGCGCCUCGCAGCCCGUCCGGCCCGUUUGCCGAGCGCGAGAGCGACUACACCGACUACUGCCCCCGCAGCUAGCAGCCCCCUCCUCUCCCCGCCGCCGCCGCUCGCGGCUGCUCUGCGAGCGCACCGGCCGGCGCAGCCUCAGGGCCCUCCCCUCCAGCGAGUUCCCCGGCGCAGGUCCCCGUCUUGACUUCCUCGGCCGCGAUCCCUCUCCAUGGC